AUGGACAUAUUGGGUGCUUUGGAAGCCUUGCGAAACGCAUCGGACGAUCUUCUUUAUGCCCACACAAAGGAAGCCGUAUCGACAAUCAGAGAGAUCCAAUUCCGGUUAGAAAAAGUGGUUGGCUUAAAUGGUUCCAGACCAACAGCAAGUUCUCAAUGUCAUUUCUGCCAAAAGAAGCCGCUUGAACCUUUGAUCCGACAGUCAGAGGGCUCAACCAGUCGAUCGCGAAAAGAGCCUAGAAGUAUCACUUCCACUGCAGGCGAACAACAGGACCGUAUCACCAUACUUCCUCAGUGCCCGGGAUUGAAAGGCACGGUUACUGGUGGCCGUGGAACGCAGAGAUCUUCUUUCCUCUUUAUGUCGUUAAUGAAGGAGGUUCCUUGGAUGUGGGGCUAUACUCAAAAAAAACCGAAUGAAGCUAUCCAAGCAUAUCGAAAGCAAGAACGAAUCGACAUCCGACUGAGAGAUAUUCAACGAGUGGAUGGAACCUUGAAUCCUACAAACGAAGACAGACUUUUCCGGGGAAUCGCACAACGUUCUUUGGCUCUCCAGUUUUCAAUGUUUGAGAGUCAAUUUCCGGAAACAAGGAGGUCCAGACGAGAAGGCCUGAUUCCAACAUUUGUGAAAGAUUGUCUCCAUGCGCCAAACCAAAAUUUUGCAAAGCAAUGCAUCCAAGCCGGCCAAAAACAGCUGAAGACUGAAAAAGCACUUAGAGUUGCAUUAGGCCAGAAAGAUGAACCCACUGCUGGAACUGGGGUGUCUGCUUUGACGGCCUUGACCAUCACUCCGUUCAAAAAUCUACGACUGGGGGAAAUACCGUCUUUCAUCGAACAAUUGUUUCUGGAUUCGGCGAAAAUCGACUUGCCACUACACCUACCAGCUACAGAACCAUGGCGGUCUAUCAAACGACCCUUUCACAUCCUGGAAAUUCUGAAACAAUUUUCGAAUUGGCUCAACAAAUUUCAAAGUUAUUAUGAUGGAGAGGGCAUCAACAUAAGUCACCCCUCCAACCUGCAGCCGAUACCUAGUAAUCAUGGUAUGCCAUGCAACCCUCCUCUUGGAAAGGACAUGGAGGAUUCUUCAACGAGUGUUUCAUUGGCCGAAGAGCACUCUACAGCCGGCUCUUCACCGGAGCCAUUUUCGCCCUCAACUCACCGCACGGAUUGCACCUCACUUUUGGAUGAAGAUGGUUCAGAACAGGCCGAAGACUUCGCCCAAUUUACAACAAAUAUAUCUGGAAACGAAAACAUCCUCACAGAGCAUGCCUCCUCAGCUCCAAGAAUGCCGCCGGCAGGUACAAAGUACACCCAAUGGGCCGAUACAGCACUGGAAAAUCCCCCUACUCGUGCAUUUGAUUCCAGUCCCUGUUCACAGCAAGAGACUGGCGAAGCAUGUCGCAAACGGAGGCGCACUCAGGUCAAUACGUACUUGCCUCAAACCCUUGACAGUUGUCUCCGCCAUAUCUCUGUGAACCCUUCGCAGCCUGAUGAUAGACCUAUGAACUAUGCUCAGCCGUUCGAGAUUGAUUUCUUUAAUCAGGCGGUGGGAGAUUUGGGACUCCAGGGCGACACUGGAGGCUAUAUUCAUCAUUCGUUUGAAUAUCCUGAUAGUCAUCUUUAUGAACUUCCUGCGCAAGGCUACCAGGUUACCACAGAACUUGCUCUCCCGUUUGAAGAGGAUUAUUUUUCGCCUAUUCCGGAAUUCCAAACCCUCUGA